GCAAUGGAACGUCUGAAAAUAUGGGACGUUUGGGUGCAGAUCUUCCGUGUCCAUGUCCACGUGAAAAACAAUUUAUAUUUCUUAACGUUUCAACUCCAUGUUUAACUUAAUAUCACGGGAGUGUAAUCUUAAUUUAGGUUGCCACAGUAAGAGACCAAGGUUUGAAUAGAAACGAUUACCAUGUCCUCUGCCUGCGCACAGCUCUGUCUGCGAUGUAGAGGGUUUCUUUCCUCAAUGAACAGCUCCCGUCUGUACUAUGUUCAAAUUCAACAUAGUGUGAGAAAAGGCAAAUCUACCAAAAUCGGCGAAGGAUUGUUAUCCAGAGGAAAUCACACAGCAGCUCAGACAAGACUGAGCUGGAAACGUCCAACGUCUUGCUACUUUGGUAUUACAGCAAAAUAUCUGACAACCGAGACGAAGGAAAGCAAACUUGGAACUGAUGUCGCUGAAUACAAGCCUGCUCUGUUGCCAACAGUAGAUGUUUCACCCUGCCCUCCAAAUGUGAUUCCUCCUGAAGACCUGGAUGCUAAUGACCACUGUUCAGCACUGGAGGAAAUCAGUGAUGAAGAAGCUGCUGCCAUUUCUAUUCCUCCCUCUAUUCCUCCAUCCUCUGUGUCUCUUCGCGACUAUGUUGACAAGUCGGAGACACUUACAAAGCUGGUGCAGCUUGGGGUAAGUUUGUGGAAGCUGGAGCAAAGACCCAAUGUUGGCUCCAUGUUGCUUAGACUUGAUUUCAGCAGAGAUGUAGCACCUCGCCUCUUGUUUUUAAAAGAAAUUGGAGUGGAGGACUCUCGUCUAGGCUACAUCAUUUCUCACAAUCCAUUCAUCCUUUCAGAGAGUUUGGAAAACCUGCAGGCCAGGGUGAACUAUCUAAAUUCGAGGAAGUUCAGUUCGGAAACGGUUGCAUCUAUGGUCUCCAGAGCGCCAUAUCUGCUUAACUUCAGUGUGAAGAGGCUGGACAACAGACUGGGUUUUUAUCAGCAGCAGCUUAAACUCAGUGCUUCCAAUACGCGGAAUAUUGUUGCUCGUCUCCCCAGGUUACUUUGUGGCAGCUUGGAGCCUGUUAAAGAAAAUUUGAAGGUGUGUAAAAUAGAGCUUGGGUUUAAGGAAAAUGAGAUCCAGCAUAUUGUUAUUGCCGUCCCUAAGGUGUUGACAACCAAUAAAAAAAAGCUAACCCAGAUAUUUGACUUCCUUCAUAACACCAUGAAGGUUCCCCACCACCUGAUCACAAAGUUUCCACAGGUCCUCAAUACAAAGUUCCUUCGUCUCAAAGAGCGACACCUGUUUCUCCAGUAUCUCGGAAAGGCUCAAUAUGAACCAAACCUGCCCAGCUACAUCUCAUUGGACCGCUUGGUUUCCUUGCCAGAUGAGGUCUUUUGCACAGAGUUGGCUUUGGCCACAUUGGAAGAUUUUUAUCUGUUCCAAAAGACACUUUGAUUCUUUAUGGUUUGGAUGAUAGAAGUGGCCCCUACAAAAAA